CCUCGUGGACUGAGUCUGCUCAGAUGGGGCUGUUUUGUAAGCUCAUUCCGAAAUUACAGUAAAUUGGUAAUUGUGUUUGAGUGUGUGUGUUUUCAAAGCCAAAUCGUGGGUGGAGAUGGAUGCUUGCUCGAUAAUAGGAGAGAGCACGGAUGCGAUUGUAAUGGAUGAUUCUCCCACAGAUGAAAGGGAAAUAAAGGAAGCUGCUCAAAGUGAGAUCCCGGCGGUUUCUCUGUGCCCUCCUGACAGCACAUGUGCUGCCGAGGCCCAGCUGACAGUCAUCCAGUCUGAAGAGGAUCUGUGUGACAGCUGCAGCAGCCUCGGCAGACCCUCCUCUACCUGCCAGCUUUACCACCAGGUCCCCCAGGGUCUCCGGGCUGUGGCCUAUGAUUCGCCGCAGCCCCGUAGAUGUCACUGCUGCAGCCAUCACAAGCCAAUUAAAUCCAGCACCUGCCACGACUGUCAUUCAGCCCCAGCAGGUCCUCAUGCCGACUGCUCCACUGGAGGUGUGGUGGUGAAAGUGGGACAUAGCUGUGGUUCUACCCACCAGACAUCCUGCCACGGCGCCGUGAGAUGUCAUUGGCUGCAUGGGUCGCAUGAUGGUGGAGCGCAUAAACCCACACAGCGGCAUGUGGUGACUGUCAGGGAUGGAGGACUCUACUGGAUCCCCAGAAACUAUUCCCAGGUGAUUGUGGACUACCCGCUGGCUGUGCUGCUGGGCUGUGCUGUCGUCCUCCUGGGAUGCUCCCUGGCCAGCCUGCUCAUUGGCCCGCUGCCAGAUUUCUCUGACCCACUCCUGGGUUUUGAACCACGGGGAACCUAUAUCGGAGUCCGCCAGUCCAGCUUGAUCAAGCUGCAGGAGAACACGGGGCCUGGAAAAGCUCUGUCUCCUUUACCGCAGCAGCUCAGUGAAAGUGGAGAUGCCAGCAGCAGCCAGGACGCCCCGAGACUUCGCACCAGGCGGAUGCUGGACAGAGACUCUUCUCCAGACAACUUCCUCUGUGAUGCUCCAGGCGAGCGCUUUGCCCAGCUGGUGUUUCGUUCAGGGAACUCAGCCAGUCUCUGGAGCCUGAAGGCCAUCUUCUCCAUGUGUGAGAUGGAGCAAGCCAGGAUUCGCUCCCAGGCCCCGUUCCAGGAGCUGUGCCAGCAGCAUGCGAGGGUGGAGGCUGAAGAAAGGGCAUCCCGGGGCGGAUGCUGUCCUAGCUGGUCUCUGGGGAACUACUUGGCUGUCCUCACCAAUGCCUCUUGCUGCCUUAGCCUCACCUCACAACAGGUUUCUGAGUCUCUGAGCCUCCUCCGCUACUGUGCUCCAUACUACCAUGAGGGACAUCUAGUGGAGGCCUGUGUGGAGAGACCCAAAUAUGGUGGCUGUUCCCUGGUACCGUCCCGUUGCAAACAAUCCCGUGUGGUGUUCCAGAUCCUACACUUCUUGGUUGAUAAAGACUUCCUCGGCCCGCAGACUGUUGAAUACCAAGUCCCUUCACUGAAGUACAGCCUUCUGUUCUUGCCCGUGGACAAAGGGGAUCACAUGAUGGACAUAUACAUGGACAGUCUUGAAGGCAGGGAUCUGACGUAUAACAAUACAACUAUCACCGGCAUGGACCUCGGCAUCAAGCAGACUUUAUUUAAGUAUUACCUGGCAAGAGAUUCAGUGUACCCUGUUCUAGCCACUGUGUCCCUUCUUUUCACCAUGGCUUUGUAUCUCCAGUCUCUCCUCAUAGCAGCAUUGUCUGUGAUAGCAAUCACAGGCUCCCUCCUCACGUCCUAUUUCCUCUACAAAGUAGCAUUUCGCCUGACUUUCUUCCCCCUGCUCAACCUCUCGGCGGCUCUUAUUCUCCUGGGCAGCUGCUCCAAUCAGGUGUUCACCUUUGUUGAUUUCUGGAAUCUCCAGCUGUCCCAGAAUCCCUCAGCCUCCCUGGAGAAGAGAGUGAACCGAGUCAUGCAGGAAGUUGGGUAUUUGAUUUUAGCAUCGGGUUUGACCUCCAGCGCCGCAUUUUUCUCUGGCUACCUGAGCAGCAUCACAGCAAUCAGGUGUUUUUCAAUUUACCUGGGCACGGCGUCUUUCAUCAGCUCACUCUUGGCGUUGGUGUGGCUGCCAUGCUCAUUCAUUCUACGUGAGCGCUACACAGAGGCGUCCUCUGCCUCUGUAGCAGCCCAGGGAUGGAAGCCCUGCUGCUCCAAAAACCCUGGUGGUUUCUGGGAUACAAGCUCACGCAAACGAUGCCUUUUCACUAUUGGGCAAAAGUUUAGAGGACUGAAACGAGGCCUAACUGACACCUCCAAUUUAUUAUUCCUGAAAAUCCUGCCGUGUGGGGUGGUCAAGUUUAGAUACAUCUGGGUGUGCUGGUUUGCAGUGCUUGCUGCUGGAGGCACGUACAUCUCUUGCAUUGACCCCGGCAUGAAACUACCAACCUUAGACAGCAAGGCGACACAGCUAUUCCGCUCCAGCCACCCGUUUGAGAGGUACGACGCUGAGUACCGUCACAUGUUUAUGUUUGAGAGACAGAGGGAUGGGGAGGAUAAGCCUGUCACAUUAAUGCUCGUUUGGGGGAUCAAACCCGUAGACAACGGGGAUCACUUUAACCCAAGAAGCAAUGGCUCGUUGGUUCUUGACCCAGACUUCAACAUGAGCCACCCAGAUGCUCAGGUUUGGUUGAGGGAUUUAUGCAGAAGGGUUCAGAACCAAAGCUUUUAUAACCCUCCGUCAUCUGAGGAUAAAGAUAUGAUAACGGAUAACAUCUGCCUCGUGGAGCAGCUAAUACACUGGGUGUCUGUCAGACGUUGCUCAGAAAGAGAAGAUGGGCUACAUUUUUGCUGCAAUGAUAUCCCUUUCCCUUACCCCCCCAAUGUGUUUGAGCGCUGCCUCAGUAUGAUGCUGGUGGAGAGGUAUGCCGAGGGCCAUCUGGCACACAGAAGAGGCCUAUACUUCCAGCCAGAUGGCAGAGUAGCUGCCCUUGUGUUAGCAUUCAAAACUACAUACCUCUAUAGCUUCAACUUUAGCAGAACCAGCCUUUUCUACAGAGAAAUCUUGACAUGGUUUAACAGAGAGAUGUCAGAAGCACCACAAGGGCUAGAGAAAGGCUGGUUCAUCAGUCAGUUGUCUCUUUUUGACCUGCAACAGUCUUUAAGCUCAGAGACUCUAGUAGUAGCUGGCUUCUCGGUAGCUCUCACAUUUGUUUCACUGCUCUUAACCACCUGGAAUAUUCCUCUGAGCAUAUAUGGGACUGUGGCAGUAGGGGGCAGCGUGUUUGUCACUGUUGGCCUCCUGGUUCUCCUGGAGUGGCAGCUGAGUGGCAUCGAGGCUCUGUUUAUAUCAGCGGCAGCAGGGCUGUCUGUUGACUUCAUCGCUAACUAUUGCAUAUCCUACAGCUCAGCUCCUCAUUCAGAUAGAAUAGGGAGAGUAGCACACUCCACAAAAAGGAUGGGAUGUCCUGUAGCAAUAGGUUCUGGUGCAUUUUUCUGCAUGGGGAUCAUUAUGUUGCCUGCCACGGCCUUGCUGAUCAGAAAGUUUGGGAUUUUCCUCUUUCUGGUUAAAUGUGUAGCAUGUGGAUUUGCAACCUUCUUUUUCCAGUCCCUGUGCUGCUUCUUCGGACCUAAGAAAAACUGUGGAAAGAUAGUGUUGCCAUGUUUGUCAGACCAGAUAACUGACGGCAUGCUGUCCUCUUGCUCAGCAGCAGAACCUGGUUCCUCAUCAGCCUCGGCUGCCAACGGGGCGUUUGGCAGAUCUAGAGUCAGGAGGAGUUAUGACAAAGAUGCAGCUGGGUAUCUAUAUCCCAACCACCAGCAGCGGCAGCACAGACAGAAACAGAUUGGAGCAGGAGGAGUGGGUAGAGGCCGUGGGCCGGAGCAGUAUGAGCUGCAGCCAUUAGCCUACAGGCUGAGUGACAGCUUCGAGAACAGCACCUGCACCAGCAAGCUUUCCAACCAGCCCUCUGUGCUCUCUGACGAGAUCGAAUACUGUGGGAGAGAUGCGGAGAGGAACAGCAUAGAGGGAGACAGUGAAGAGAUCUGCAGUCGUUCACAUAAAGUCUGUCACUCACCCCCAGCUCUUCAGACGUCCUCUCCAUACAAAGAAAACACCCUCCGGCCGAUAGCGCCCCAAGACGACCUGGCCAAGGACAGGCUGCUGUGUAAGGCUUGCAGAGGACAAUCCGGUGGGGUGAAGCUCUGGAGAAGUGCAUCAUUCUCUUCAUCUUCCAGCAUAGAAGAGACCAUAAUUAGCCAGACCCUGGAGACCAUCGACCAGUCGUCGCUCUGUAAGGAGGGGCAUAUCACCGAGGAGGCACUCCAGCACCACCAUCAUUCCAACAAGUGGCUCCUCUCCUCCCAGUCCCAGAGCUCCUGCGAGGGUCUGGAGGACUCCAAUGAAACUUGCCUGAGCGACAUAGAGCCAGGGCCUUCCAACAUGCAGCAAAACGAAGGAGAAGGGGACAUUCAGUUACAACCAGGACACCUUAACGGGAAAAGGGAUACCCUGCGUCUCUCGCUAAAGGAAACUGUUUAUGAGGCUUCCUUAUCGGGGUGUGGCAAGGGCCGUACCAGCCAGAGUGAGGAAGUGGUCAUUUUACCAAACAGUAAACCAGACUUGCCAGAUGUUUGGAUAAAAAGAGACGGACAGCGGGAAGAUACAUGCUGAGCUAAGUUGGGGAAAUUGUGUCAACACUGUGCAUUGACUGACGUGAAGUUCUUACAUGGAGAUAUGGUGAUUACAAAAGGAAUAUAAAUACUGUUCCACUUGUGUAACAACAUUGAUGCUCAAGGGAAAUACAAGCCAGUCGAAAAUGUAACAUGUCAUGUGACAGCAUGUUUGUCCAAUGUUGUUACUGGGGUUAUUCUACUUUUUAUUACAAACAAGUAAGAUCAGAGCAUGAAUGUUAAUUUCUUUAGCGAAAGGUCAAAUCAGAGCAUGAUUCAUUCAACCCGGCAUUUACAGGAGGAGGAGGAGGAUAAAGAAAUAAGAAGCACUCUUUUUAUCCAGAAUUUUGCACCACCAUCACACUCAAAGAUGCUAAGGGUACAUCGUCAACACAGAAAUCAUCAAAGGGAAAUUAAGCACUGCACAAGCUGCCUACUGUUGCAGAAUGUUACUCUGUGCCUGGAGUUCCUCUUAACGUACAUCUGCAGCUGCACACUCAGCACAAACUGGGUCAAUAAAUGCCAGUGCGCAACCACUGGCGUUUUAUUCAUGCUGGAUCUGACCUUAAUGAGCCAUAUGAAGUGUAUACAUUCAUGAACUUUACUGCAAAUGGAAAAGACAGAUCUGAGAUAUACAGGGACAGAGCUGCAUUGUGUGUGCCUACGUAAUACAUGCUCUUAG